UAUGAAGACCUUGCUUGCUUUAAAGAUAGAAAACCUGGUGCUCCCCACCACUACCUGGUGGUGCCCGUGGAGCACAUAGGAAACUGCAAAACCCUGAAGACAGAACACAUACCUUUAGUGAAGAGAAUGAUGGAAGUUGGAAAAGCUGUUCUCCAGAAAAAUAAUUUUAGUGAUCUGAAUGACGUAAGAAUGGGUUUCCACUGGCCUCCGUUCUGCUCAAUAGCCCACCUGCAUCUUCACGUCCUGGCCCCAGCCAGUCAGCUAGGAUUCUUUGCCAAGCUCUAUUACAAAAUCAACUCCUACUGGUUUAUCACGGCCGAACAACUGAUUGAGAGGCUGCAAACUGGAAAUGCUGCCAGCUGA